UAGCAGUUUUUAUAUCUUGUCUGUUGUCUCAUUUAAUACUGUAUUAUAGUCUGUGUCGUCUGUCAUAUUAUAUUAUUUAAUAUUUAUAUAUUUUUUGAAUUAAAUUUUAUAUUUUGGCUUAUUAGUUAUUGCUUAAACUUAACUUUGUACUUUUAUAGUUUUGUUUGUUGUCAUGGUCUUACCAAGCCGCAUUGUCUAUUAUUUCGUCUGAAGUUUGGGAUUUUAUGUUCAAUUAUUUAUUAAUUAACUUCAUUUCUAUGAUGUCUAAACAGAAUAUAGAAGUCGCAAUUUUGAAGUCUUAUCCUCAUCACAACAUGUUAAGUUACUGUGAAAACAGGCCAAAAUACAGACAAGGACGAAAACUUACAGCGAUUAAGGUUUAUACGGUGAACGAUGAAUCACAACAUUUGUUGAUCAGAGGAGUGCCAUCUGUCAAUUUACACGAUGAAGUGGAAAAAUUAUGCAAGCGUUAUGGUAAUGUAUUAAGUAUUCGACAAGUACAAUUUGAAGACCAAGAAGAAUUUACUCAUAGUUUUCAUGUGAUAUUUAUUCGGAUACAAUCUGCCAGAUUUGCAAAAAAACAAAUGGACACUAAAAACUUCUUUGGUGGAAUUUUACAUGUUUGCUAUGCACCUGAACUUGAAUCCAUUGAGCAAACUAGAUCAAAAUUACAGAUGAGAAUGAUAGAAGUUAAAAAACAUAUUAAUAAAAUUGGUUUAGACCAUACCUAUAAGAAAGAAUUGUCUUCUGCGUUAUUACAUCAUGACCUUCCUACUCCAUCUCAUGAUUUAAUGUUACAAAGUUGUAGUUCUAAUUCUCAAAAACAAAAUCGUUGGCUAGAAGGAGGUCUUAAGUGCUCAUAUAUUAUACCAAAGCCUGAUUCUUUAAACACUAAAAAAGAAAUAAAAAUAAAUAAAUCAAAUAUCAAAGAUUUGACUUCGUUAGAUUCGAAUACGCUGAAAUUUGUUCCUAGGCAACUACAAAUAGCUUCUCCAGUAUCCAAAAUUAAGAAGCCUAAUCGUAUUAUAUUCCAUUAACAUAUUGCUGAUAAAAUUAAUUAAAUGUUUAUUAUGUAUAAUAUUUUUAUAUAUCUUACUAAUAUAUUUAUUUAUUUAAA